AUGGCAACAAAAAAAUUAUCGAAAUUAUUUAAAGGAAAAAUAAAUGCACAACGUUUGCCACCUAUACCUAUAACUAAUGAACAAACAUUAACAACUAAUAAUGGAGAACUUCCAAUUUCUAUAUUAAAACAAUCAAAACCAUUUGUAGAAAAUCUAACAACUGAUAAUCGUACAAUUCCAUUUGAUGAUGAUGAUCUCGAAAGUUCACGAAUUAUGUUUGAAAAAACCCGAGAAGAUGUACUUUUACUUCUUGAUAAUUAUCCAUCAAAAAUUCCACUUUUUUCUUCGACAGAUCAAAAUAAUGAAUUAGUCGAUACAUUUCCAGCACCGCUCAGUGAUCGAUUAGCAUCGUCGCGUUACUGUCGUCGGUCUGUAAGCAGUGCUUGUAGUCGUCGGUCGUCAAUUCUUUUUCAACGUCAUCCUAGUAUUCCUCAUGAUACAGCACAACUUCAACGUGAAGAUACAUUUGAUACCGUACGUGAAAGCUUCAGUGAAAAUAUUCGUUCAUCAUAUACACCUUUACCACCAAUACCGAUUGAUCCACCAUCCAAUUUAUCAAAAUCAUUAGUAAUUCCAUCAAUAGAUCCAUUUCAAAGCAUAUCACCUCCAUUAAUUAGUACAGAAGAAAAACCGGAUAUACAAGAAAAAAAAGACGAAUUUACUCGACGUAUACUUUCGAAAAGUCUUCAUCGUGAACCAUCUGCUUCAGUAACAGAUAAAACUAUGGAUUCACCGACACUUGUACAUAAAUCACCUUUAGUUAAAUCUGGUAUUACACCACGAUUACAAAAACCUGUUGUUGAGAAUCGUCGUGUGAAUAGUGUUGAAAGACAUGCCCCAGCAGUUCCUAAUAAAUGUAAAAUUUCAACAGCAUGUAGUACUACUUCAGUGAAUACAAGUCAACAACGUUUUGGAAAAUUUUCUCUAGAUAUUUUUCAACCACAAUCCAAAUGUAAUUCAACAACAGCAACAACAAUAACAACAACAACAACAACAGUAUCGAAUAAAAAAUUAAUAACAGCAAAUAAUAGAACAAAAGUUGUAUCAAAAACUAAUAUACCAAAAGUAAAAGUUAUUAAUUCAGUUACUUCUAACGAAGAAUCUAUUCAAUCUAACAAUGACGUCAUUCCUCCUUCUUCGUCAUUACUUUCUGUAUCCAAUGAAACAUUUCAAGUGUCAAAUAUUGCGACAACAGAAACAGUACCUCCUCUCAUUGUCAAUACUGAACCUAUUUCUUCUCCACAAACUGAACAACCAAAAUUUAGUAAUUUUAUUCAACAAAAACGUCAAUCAUCUUCUUCAAGUAAUUUACAUCGACAUUCACAUGCAGUACCAAAACCAUUAACAUUACAAGGAGAAAAAACUGUUGACAGUGAUUAUCCUCAAACAAUUACAAGACCUGUUGCAUCAACUAUGGCUGGCUGUCAAAGACGAGGAAGUUUGAAAGGUCAACCAACAAUUACGGACUUAUUUGAAGAUACACAUGUAGAUAUACAAAAACCUCUUGUGAAGCCUGAAUCAACACCUACAACAAAUUCAUCAAACAUAAAAAAGAAAAUAUCAAGACCAAAUCUUUUAAAAAGUGCUAAACCAAAAAAACCAAUUGUUGCAAAUAAACCUAAAUCAUCACCAAUAGUUAAUAGGAAAGUUGACAUGAAAUGUCAAAGUACAAAUACAGAAACAGAAACAGAAAUAAAUGAAGAAAAUCAAUCAGAUAAGAGCCCAAUGACUGUGAGUGGUCCUAAUUGGAUGGUAACUGUUCAACCACAAAUUAUGAAAGAUGAAGAAUUUGAAUCAUCAUUUUUCCCUCCAAUAUCUACUAUUGAUGAUGAAGAAAUACCAUCAUGUACAUCACCUAUAGAUGAAUUAGACGAAUCACAAACAACACUUAUGACAAGUUUUGGUGAUACUGAAAGACAGCAUAGUAUUGAUUCCUCUCAUGCAGUAGAAAUCAGUCCAGUUCUAUCACAAAUUAUCGAACAUCCUGUUGAAUCUUAUCGAGCAAUAGAAAUCAGUCCAGUUCUAACACAAACUAUCACACAUGUUAUUGAAUCAACUUCUCAAACAUCUAAACCCAACGAAUCUUCACUUAUCAACUCGGAUAUUCGUACUGUCUAUGAAACAGUUAAAGAGUCUUUUCGCAAAGAUUCAUCAUUCCAUUCAUUACCAUCCCAAUCAAAUGAAGAAGAAGUCGGAUCUAUCAAACCAUCACUACCCACAUCAAUCAAAAGUAUAUCAUCAUAUAAAAAAACAUUACCAUUUGAAACGACAACCAGUAUUACACAUACAUAUAAUACUUCAGAUACAGGUCUUACCAUUGGACCAGCUUUACGUGUUGUUAAUGAUAGUUUGAACAGUCGAGGUAGUGAAACGAUUGAUUCGACUAGUAGUCAUGAAGAUUAUGGUACAACACCCUUGUGUAUUGAAGCAGAUUGUGAUGAAAUCUAUCGAACAGCACGGAAAGGUCGACAAGUUGGAAAAGGCGCAUAUGGUGUUGUUUGGUCAUAUUUAACAAUUACUGGACGUGUUAUUGCCGUUAAAGAAAUUGAACUUGAUGAUGAUGAUACUGAUCGUUUACGUAAUGAUUAUGAAUCCGUACGUGAAGAAAUUAAUAUACUUCGAGCACUUAAUCAUCCAUAUAUUGUCAAAUUUCUUGGUAUAUCAUUAGAAAAUACACGUUUAGUUAAAAUUUUUAUGGAAUAUCUUCCAAAUGGUACAAUUGAACAUUUAAUAUUAUCUUUUGGUCCAUUUCAUAAUGAUGUUCUAAAAAAAUAUACGCAACAAAUCGUUGAAGGCGUUGCUUAUCUUCAUGCUAAUCAUGUUGUUCAUCGUGAUAUAAAAGGAAAAAAUAUAAUGCUUGAUGUUGAUGGUAAUAUAAAAUUAAUUGAUUUUGGUUGUGCGAAACGAUUGAAAAAUAAUCAAAAUACACAUUCAAUGCGACAAAUACUUAAAUCAAUGAAAGGUACAGCUAAUUGGAUGGCACCAGAAGUAAUAGCAGAAACUGGACAUGGAAAAAAAGCUGAUAUUUGGUCAAUAGGAUGUACUCUAUGUGAAAUGGCUACUGGUAAACCACCUUGGUCAUCUGAACAUAGUCAUUUGGCUGUUCUAUUAAUUAUUGCUAAUGGUACUAAACCACCAGCUGAUCUACCUGAUACUUGUCCUGCGUCAGGUCAAGACUUUUUUCGUUUAUGUUUAACACGUGAUCCAUCAGCACGACCAUCAGCAAAAGAUUUAUUAGCUCAUCCAUUUUUAGCUUCCUAA